AUGGAUGUUCAAAAUGGCGUCCUUAACAUAGUUAAAGCCCCACAGCUCUAUUUCCAGCGUCUAGCAACUACGAGUUCUACUGCACAUGCGGCUGGUAUUCCGGUUAUCUACAUCAAGUCGUCCUUACGUCGCAACUUCUCAGAUGCCUCACCACGGAAUAAGGCCGUAAUGAGGGUAAAAUCGUUAGGCGAAGAGAUUUUCGUUGAAGGGAGCUCGUUUACUGAGUUCCACUCCGAAGUGAGACCUGCGGCAGAUGAUGUGAUUGUGGUUAAGCGCCGAAACUCCGCAUUUUCCGGCACAGAUUUGGAGGUCGUGCUUCGAAGUCUCGGUAUCCAGCACUUGGUACUGGUAGGGGUUAUGACAAGCGGUGUUGUGCUCUCCACAGUCCGCCAAAGCGCGGAUCUAGACUAUGAGAUCACUGUAGUCGAAGACCUUUGCCUGGACGUCAAUGAUGAUGUACACGAUAUAUUAAUGAAGAAAAUAUUUUCUCUGCAGGGGAGUGUAAUCACUUCGGAACAAUUCUUGACUGAGGUCAAGGAGUAG